GACAAGAGGUUUCUGCAGUAACAAGCGAACAGAAAAAGGUUCAAUUGAAUUGUGCAGAGUCUGUGCUGGUUAAGUUCAUCAGCGUGCUCUUUCCUUUGUUUCCUUUACAAGCCUUUGAAAAGAAAGAGAGAGUUUUUUCCCACGAAUGUCACGGGAGAACAGCAACACCCCAAGUGGGACACCUGGCAAGGGUAGCAACUUCACCGGGUUGUUAAGAACAGCCUCAUUGUCCACUCUUUUCAACCGUAAGAGACCUUACGACUCUGAUGGCGAUGAGAACAGCACGUCUGUUGUGAACAACACCUCCGACGACUCCACUCAUGAUGAACAGGCUGACCAGCAUUUUUCCAAGAGAAGCAAGACUGCCAAAGCUGUUGAGAGACAGAAGUUCCUCGAACAAGAGCAGAAGUAUGAUAGUGAAUUGCCCGAUGAGUAUAAGAAGUUCAGACCUACCGGGUUUAGAUUCAACUUGCCUCCGAAGGAUCGUCCUGUGAGAAUCUAUGCCGAUGGUGUUUUUGACCUUUUCCACUUGGGACACAUGAGACAGCUGGAACAGGCCAAGAAGGCAUUGCCCAACGUUACCCUCAUCUGUGGUAUUCCAUCCGACUUUGAGACCCACAAGAAGAAGGGACUCACAGUUUUGAGCGACUAUCAACGUUGUGAGACGUUAAAGCAUUGUAGAUGGGUUGAUGAGGUGAUUCCAAACGCGCCAUGGUGUGUCACUCCAGAGUUUUUGAAGGAACAUAAGAUUGAUUACGUUGCCCACGACGACUUACCGUACGUUUCAGAUGGGUCGGAUGAUAUCUAUAAGCCGAUUAAGGAGAAGGGAAUGUUCUUGACCACACAAAGAACCGAGGGAAUAUCAACCUCUGAUAUCAUUACGAAGAUCAUCAGAGAUUACGACAAGUACCUAAUGCGUAAUUUUGCUAGAGGUGCCACCAGACAAGAGUUGAACGUUUCUUGGUUCAAGAAGAACGAAUUGGAAUUCAAGAAGCAUAUCAACGAUUUUAGAUCGUAUUGGAAGAAAACCAAUGAAAACUUCAACAACGCUUCCCGGGAUUUGUAUUUUGAAGUUCGUGAGUAUUUGUUGAACAAAUCCGAACAGAAGGAUAAGAAGCACCAUAAGAACAAGGGCAAGAAAUCUUCCAGUCCAGCUUCUGAGUUUGCAGCAAAUUUCACUGGUGAUAGAGAGGAUAAGACAUCUAGAAGAAGGAGAUCGCAUUCUCAUCAGAGUUCCAGUUCGUUAUUGGGGAAUUUCAAGGAUUGGAUGAACAAGACGGACAGCGAACUAUCAAGUUCCGGCAAGAGUGCAAAGAAGGCCAAGUCCAAUGACGUUGGCGAGGUGAAUGGUGAUGAGAAUGAGGCAGCGAACGAUGAAGAGAACGAGGCAGAUCAUGAAGAGGAGGAAGAGGAGGAAGAUACAAAGACUUUGGUUUCCCGUAAUUCGAAGUGAUUUAUCCUAGAACUAAAUCUUUAUUUAACUUGCACUAUUA